AUGUCACGCAAUGUGACUGAGAGGGAGAUAUAAGUUGGCGGAUAUUCACUGAAGAAGAUAGCCAGAUGGCAUUUGUGUUCUUAUUUAUUUUGACAAUUGGAGUAUGUACAAUGAAAACCGAUGGAUUAAAAUGCGCAUGUGCAAAAUUCAAAACACCAGUGUUCAUUGAAAAUGAUGACGGUGACGAAAAAGAGAACAGAGUACAAAAUUUCCUGGCGACUGGUCAGUGUUUGGAAAUGAUUGAUAAACCACGACGAUUUUGGGUUGCUGUGCUGUACAAAGGAAAGAACGCGUUUUUGCAGGGUAAUGAAGUUUUAGCUUGGGAUUGUGAAAAUGAUUUGAUUUCGUUCACACCAGAAAUAAUGGACGCUAUAUAUAAUUGCUCCGACGGAAAGCGUCGUAAGUCCGUGACCGGGUGGAGUUAUCUCCCUUCAGACGAUACUUACCACGAUGAACAUGACAUGCCACUAUCUUCAUUGCAGGAUUUUAGAGACGGUACCCAACAAUACGUCAGUGUCUUUAUCCGGGGAAAUAUCGGGAAUAAACUACGGGAGAACUGUAUGUAUACCGGAGCUCAAUCACAUGUUGAAACGCUUUAUCAUUUUCAGGGUAGCCAACACCUAUCGGCAUCAGACAGAAAGCAUUGUAUAUGACGGCGGUACUGCUGAGACGUCAUAUCAACUGACAGUGGUGUAUUAGUAUCUAGAUAUGACGACGGUACUGCUGUGACGUCACUGACUGUGGUGUAUUAGUAUCUAGAUAUGACGACGGUACUGCCGAGACGUCACUGACUGUGGUGUAUUAGUAUCUAGAUAUGACGACGGUACUGCUGGGACGUCAUACCAGCUCACUGUAGUGUAUUAGUAUCUAGAUAUGACGACGGUACUGCUGGGACGUCACUCACUGUGGUGUGUUAGUAUCUAGAUAUGACGACGGUACUGCUGUGACGUCACUGACUGUGGUGUAUUAGUAUCUAGAUAUGACGACGGUACUGCUGUGACGUCACUGACUGUGGUGUGUUAGUAUCUAGAUAUGACGACGGUACUGCUGUGACGUCACUGACUGUGGUAUAUUAGUAUCUAGAUAUGACGACGGUACUGCUGUGACGUCACUGACUGUAGUGUAUUAGUAUCUAGAUAUGACGACGGUACUGCUGUGACGUCACUGACUGUGGUGUAUUAGUAUCUAGAUAUGACGACGGUACUGCUGUGACGUCACUGACUGUGGUGUGUUAGUAUCUAGAUAUGACGACGGUACUGCUGGGACGUCACUGACUGUGGUGUGUUAGUAUCUAGAUAUGACGACGGUACUGCUGUGACGUCACUGACUGUGGUGUGUUAGUAUCUAGAUAUGACGACGGUACUGCUGUGACGUCACUGACGGUGGUGUAUUAGUAUCUAGAUAUGACGGCGGUACUGCUGUGACGUCACUGACUGUGGUGCAUUAGUAUCUAGAUAUGACGACGGUACUGCUGUGACGUCACUGACAGUGGUGUAUUAGUAUCUAGAUAUGACGGCGGUACUGCUGGGACGUCACUCACUGUAGUGUAUUAGUAUCUAGAUGUGACGACGGUACUGCUGGGACGUCAUACCAGCUGACUGUGGUGUGUUAGUAUCUAGAUAUGACGACGGUACUGCUGGGACGUCAUACCAGCUGACUGUGGUGUGUUAGUAUCUAGAUAUGACGACGGUACUGCUAUGACAUCACUGACUGUGGUGUAUUAGUAUCUAGAUAUGACAACGGUACUGCUGUGACGUCACUGACUGUGGUGUAUAAGUAUUUAGAUACGACGACGGUACUGCUGUGACGUCACUGACUGUGGUGUAUUAGUAUCUAGAUAUGACGACGGUACUGCUGUGACGUCACUGACUGUGGUGUAUUAGUAUCUAGAUAUGACGACGGUUCUGCUGUGACGUCACUGACUGUGGUGUAUUAGUAUCUAGAUAUGACGACGGUACUGCUGUGACGUCAUACCAACUGACUGUGGUGUAUUAGUAUCUAGAUAUGACGACGGUACUGCUGUGACGUCACUGACUGUGGUGUAUUAGUAUCUAGAUAUGACCACGGUACUGCUGGGACGUUACUAACGGUGGUGUAUUAGUAUCUAGAUAUGACGACGGUACUGCUGAGACAUCACUGACUGUGGUGUAUUAGUAUCUAGAUAUGACGACAAUACUGCUGGGACGUCAUACCAACUGACUGUGGUGUAUUAGUAUCUAGAUAUGAAUCAAAGAAGAGAAGGAAAAGUCAUGGAAUGUGGAAUUUUCUAAGAAUGUGAAAUAUUGUUUGUGGAUUGGUUAGCUUGUGUUGUAGAGCCUACACGAGUUAUGUGUUACUGGAUAGAGUAUACCAACUGUAUUACGGUUCUCACUUGACCUACCAUCAAUUUUAGUCGAUUUUAAUAGCUCAAAGAGGCUAAUGUUGACUUGUUUUAAUACGUACCGACUAUAAUUAAAACUUUGGCUUCACUU